AUGGAUUUAACCAUUAUCAAAAGUUCAAGUGAAAGUUCUAAAACAAUGUUUUUAGACGAAAGUGUCGAUUUAACUAUUAGCAAGGACAUUUCUUUUGAUGAAAGUGUCGACCUAACUAUUA